AUGGCUUUGAUAUAUGUUUCGCCUUCUAUCGAAACUGUCCACGACCCACAGGGUGCCCAGUCAGCACCCCAGUCAGCGACGGUUCCGAUCUUGGACAGGCCCGGAGAUCGCAAUGCGGAUGGUACAAGUCUCACCGGCGCAGGCGACACGGGAACCAACCUGGACCCUUCCACAACCACGACCACGAUACAUCGCUGUGAGGUCAAUGGGUCACAAGACCUGUCAUCCAAACAUGAUUCGCAUAGUACCGACUCGGGCGCACCUACACGUACUCUGGAUGCCGCUCCAGUACAGAAACCAAGUAAUCUCGCCGUGCAGGAGUUUGAUCCGUCGAAGCUCGGCCGCCCCGUUUCUAUGCAGGAGGACUCCCAUGGUGCUUCAGGCAACACCGACACCGAUAUCAACCCCAAGAUGAACACCAAUAUCAACACCAAUAGCUACACCCAUCCCGGGGUCCUCUCCGUCUCCGAUUCUACUUCACCUACGCCAAGGGGCUCUCAUCAGAAACACUCCAUAAGAAACCCGCCCUCCCCUACAACUAUGUCUUCGGUCACCAAUGACACGUCCCUAACUGCAAAGACCAACCGUUCCGGAAGCUCUAGUGGAAGUGGCUCGACCAUCACCCAGACCUCCUUCUCGAAGCACCGGAGUACAGAAAACCACAGGGACAAAAGCGGCCAAGAUGGCAAUCAUGAAUCCCGGGACAAAUUCCACGGCCAGUCCCCCAAGAGCCAGCAAAGGCCAGACGUAAUGUCCUUCCUAGAGCCCGAUGCUCCACAAGUGCCCCGGGUCUCUAUGCCGGCCGCAGCAGCAGGACAGCAGCACCCGCCGUUCCAGUCCCGUCCGUGGAGGCUAGGAGACGUACCACUACCACAUCAUCGCCAGCCAGCAUCUACCAAGAGCACCUCGUCUUCGACGACCGGCAACUUUGCCAGUGCCCACGGCAACGGCACUGGCAGUGACGUCUCCUCGGACCCCACCCUUUACCCCGAGACAGACACCAAUAGUGCCGUCCACGGCGUCAACGGUGGCGGCCCCCCUCCCCCCGUUCCCUCUUUCAGACAUGGGUCCCGGCCCAUGUCAUCCCAUCACAGAACCCAACAAGACCAUGCUAGCCAAGGGGGCCCGGAAAUGCCACGAGAGAACGCCCGCCUUCCGUAUGGCUCGCCAAAUGCCUUCCAUGCCCGAAGGCCAGCUCCAUACGACGACCACACCAUCCACUUGCCCCGAGGGGAGAAGCUCCCCAUGUCCGGCUACGAACUCCUCGCCACCAAACUCUCGGCGGGCAACAUGCAUGUCGGUAGCGGCCACACCCUGAAGCCGAUGUACCGGAGGUUUGACGUCCUCAAUCAUCGUCUGCUCUUGCAUCUCCAGGAUGAGCUGGCCGAGCUCGAAGAGCAGCUCCACCGCCUAGACAUGGCCGACACCCACGCGCGACGUGUGCAGAAUUAUAUUCUCCCGGCUUCGAGGCGCCAAGAGGUUGCCACCACCGGCGAGCUGCAGUGGCAUAAGACGGAUAUACUCGGAAAGGUUGGCUUCAAGCUUAAUCAGUACAACUCCGUCUUGUCUUCUUUCAAAGACACCCAGAGUCUCCCAUCUCCGCACCCCGACGAUAUCCACACCUACCGUACCUAUCUCGCCACUCACGGCCCCGUCAUCGAUACCGAGACCCGUUUCCUCGACUGGGAGGACGACCUCGUCUCCUUGGCCCGGCAUCCCGGUGAUGCCCCCAUGCCCCACGACGUCUCAGACGACAUGCUGACCCCUAUGCCGCGGCCCUCCAUGCGCUUCCCUUCCGUGCCUGGCAGUCCAACCUCUGACGCCGGCUGUGCCGAGUCCACUCGCAACGCUCCGCUCCAACCACAAAACCUCGAUGCUCUACACGACUCCGGUUACCUACUUCCACGUCUUGUCAUUGCAAUCGCCGCGGCUUUUCUUCUUCCCUUGCUCACCUUCGCCCUCAUCCCUAGUUUUGUGGGUCGCAUGGCCGUCGUAGUUCUCGUCUGCCUCGGCAUCUUUGCUGUACUACUCCAGUGGGGUUUCGUACGGACGGGUGUCGGGGGGGCAGAUCGAUGGGAAGGCCUGGGAGGGCCGCAAGACUGGACAAUCUGUCUCGGCGUCUAUGGAGUUGUCAUGGCUGUCGUCGCGAGCUUUUUCUAG